AUGUCCUCAUUAACAACAAAGUCUCCUAUUGCAUUAGCAGCUCAACCGUAUCUCUGUGGUGGUUCAUCAGCUGUAUUUGCUGCCGUUGCUAUCCAUCCAAUUGAUCUUGUCAAAGUGCAUUUACAAUUAGCAGGUCAAACAGGUUCAAAUGUGACGGGUCUAGGCGUAGCUCGCUCUGUUCUUGCAAAGGAAGGGAUUACUGGACUAUACGCGGGUCUGUCGGCUGCUGUAGCCCGUCAGAUGGUCUACGGUACGGCCCGUCUUGGUAUGCAUCGUGCUUUCUCGGAUAAAAUGAUUGCGCGUCGUGUCGCCAACGGGGAGAGCGCGUCACUGCCACUCGCGAUCAAGUCCGGCUCAGCUAUUGUUACGGGCGGUAUUGCCGCCACAUUGGGAUGUCCUAUGGACGUCGCUCUUGUCCGUAUGCAGGCUGAUACACUGUCCAAGGUUGGUGACAAACGCGGCUAUAAAAACGUGUUUGACGCUAUCUUGAAGAUCGCUCGUUCAGAAGGUGUGACUACGUUAUGGCGUGGUAGCAUCCCUCUUGUGGCUCGUGGGGCCGCCAUGAACCUUGGUAUGAUGGCUUCGUAUGAUCAGGCAAAAGAGAUGAUCACGGCUCAGUAUGGCCACGGCUUCGUCACGAACAUUGGCGCCAGUGCCGUGUCUGGCUUUGCCUGUGCCUUCACGUCACUGCCUUUCGAUCUGGUCAAGUCGCGUCUUAUGAACAUGAAAGUGGAUCCUGUUACGGGAAAGAAUCCGUACACUGGUGUGACUGAUUGUUUCAAGCAGAUCAUUGCCAAGGAAGGACUAUUCAAGCUUUGGCGUGGAUAUUGGACGUAUUACACGCGCUGUGCACCGAACGCAAUGAUUGUGCUUCUGGUUGUCGAACAACUCAACUCUGUAUACAAGAAAAUCCUUCUUGACUAG